AUGCCCUACAACACCACAGCAAUUCCUCCCCGAAAGGAGGUCACAGGUCAAACUCAGUUGCCUCACCCCGACAUCACCGUCUGCUCCAACAACGCCGCCUUCGUAAUCACUCUGGCAACGGAAAUGUUCAUCCAACACCUAGCCUCGGAAGCCCAAAACAUGGCCAAAGCCGAGCGCAAGCCCCGCCGCAACGUGCAAUACAAGGACGUGGCCGCCGCCGUCUCCCACCACGACAACCUCGAGUUCCUCGAGGACGUGGUGCCCAAGACUUCUUCCUACAAAGCCAUCAAGGCGCAAGCAGCGGCCGCGCGGGCCCGCGUCAAAGGCGGGAGCGAUGUCGUGGUUCCGCCUGCGGGGACUGCUGCUGCUGUCGUUUCGGCGCCGGCUGUUAUGGGGGGACUGGCGGCUCCUGAGGGGGUUAUGCUUUCUUUGGAGCAGGGGCAUGGACAGCUGGGGCAGCAGGGUGAUCAUGGUGAUGAGAGGGAUCGGAUGGCGAUGCUGCCGAAUGCUAAGAAGCAGAAGGGGUCCGGCGGGUUGCAGCAGACGUCGAUUUUGAUGUCUAUGAAUGGGGGGUUGGCUACGGGCAGUGGUACCAGUGGAAGCAUUGGAGGGCUGGCGGCGCCGGUGAAUGGACUCGGUGCUGGCGGGGUUAAUACCGGGAUUACCAAUAUGGGUGUCACCACGACGGGUGUGGGCAUGUCGUCGGCUUCGGGACGGCCGUUUAGUUCUACUCCUGGUGUGAUGGGAGGAGGAGGACUGAAUAGGGGCAUCUUGUCGGCGUCGCCGCCGGCUACUACGUCGGACGAGGAUCCUAGCGCCCAGUUGCAGAUGGAGAUGAGGCAGGCGGCGUCACAGCAGUAUCGGGGUCACGAUGGGGAUGUGGAUAUGACGGGUUAG